UCCGUUUUUGACGUGAUUGCAGUUGUGUCAGAAUUUGUUAGUUGCAUGGUUAGCUUUCCCAAGUUGUGAAUAGUUGCAAGUGGGUAAGAAUAGAAGAUAACAAGUAGUCGGCGUGGCGCGUUUUCAGCAGAAAUAACCUAAAAUUAUGGAAAGGUUAAAAUGGAGAUGUACAUUCGUGGCAGUGCUAACUUUCUUACUUAAAGCAAAUGCCUUCUACGUGCCCGGUGUUGCACCUGUGGAGUUUAAGAUGGGUCAAAAGAUCGAUGUCAAGGCUGUCAAAAUGACAAGUACUCAUACACAGCUUCCGUAUGAGUAUUACUCCCUCCCAUUUUGUUUGCCAAAGAAUGGAACGUACAUUUAUAAGCCAGAGAAUUUAGGAGAAGUGCUUAGAGGAGACAGGAUUGUAAAUACACCAUAUGAAGUGGCAAUGGGAGAACAUAUUUCCUGUCGUCUUCUAUGCAAUGGACCAACAAACCCAAUUAAUUGGAACGAAGAGGAUUCGUCACGAGUUAUAGAACGUAUCCAACACAAAUAUUAUGUACAUUUAUUAAUAGACAAUUUACCUGCAGCCACUAAAGAGGUUCAUAAGGACGCAAAUAAUGUUCUUGUCUAUCAUGGGUACCGCUUAGGCGGUAUGAUAAAUGAUCAAUUUUAUAUCAACAAUUAUCUUAAGCUUAAGCUUAGCUAUCACAAACAUGCAGAAGAUGGUUUCAGAGUUGUGGGCUUUGAAGUGGAGGCACAAUCAGUUGAUACAAAUCAAUUGAAAUUUGAUGGAACCACCUGUAUACUACCGACCCAAAUAAAUCCUCAGUUUGUACAUCCCAAAGGCACUAGACUUCUGUUCUUAUACUCUGUCGAAUGGAAAGAGUCUGAUGUGAGUUGGGCGAGCAGGUGGGACAUUUAUUUGGGCAUGAGUGACUUUGAGAUCCAUUGGUUCUCGAUUAUAAACUCACUAGUUGUCAUCUUUUUUCUUUCAGGAACCCUCGCAACGAUUAUGGUAAGAACAUUAAAAAGGGACAUAGCCAAGUAUAAUGCUUAUGAAUAUGACAGUAUAACUGGACUGGAUGAGACAAUUGAAGAGACUGGGUGGAAGUUAGUUCACGGAGAUGUGUUCAGGCCUCCAGCACACCCUCGUCUGUUUGCAGCUAUCAUCGGCAGUGGCAUCCAGAUAUUCUGCAUGACAUUAAUAACGAUUUUUUUCGCUAUGCUUGGAAUGCUUUCACCAGCAAGUCGAGGAGCCCUGGGAACGUGUGCAAUUUUUCUGUAUGUUUUCUCUGGCUUAAUUGCUGGUUAUUUUUCGGCAAGAUUAUAUAAAACCAUGCGAGGUCGUGAAUGGAAAAAAGCUGCCUUCUUGACUGCAAUGCUAUAUCCAGGAAUAGUUUUUGGUACCUGUUUUUUCCUAAACUUCUUCAUCUGGGGAAAACACAGUUCAGGUGCAGUACCGUUCACCACAAUGUUGACACUGCUAUGUUUAUGGUUUGGCAUAUCACUGCCCCUGGUGUAUUUUGGAUACUUCUUUGGAUAUCGGAAGCAACCCUUCGCACAUCCUGUUAAAACAAAUCAAAUUCCUCGACAAGUUCCUGAUCAGUUGUGGCAUAUGAAUCCAAUAUUCAGCACACUUAUAGCUGGUAUCUUACCCUUUGGAGCUGUAUUUAUCGAGCUCUUUUUCAUCCUCAAUGCAUUCUGGGAGAACCAGUUUUAUUAUCUCUUUGGCUUUCUCUUCCUUGUGUUCUGCAUUCUAGUAAUAUCCUGCUCGCAGGUCUCCAUAGUGAUGGUCUACUCUCAACUCUGCGGAGAGGAUUACCGAUGGUGGUGGAGAAGUUUCAUUGUGAGUGGUGGAUCAGCAGUGUACGUCCUGGCAUAUUGUGUAUAUUAUUUCAUGACAAUGUUGGAAAUUACGGAGUUUGUACCGACUCUGAUGUACUUUGGUUAUACCGCCUUAAUAGUGCUUACCUUCUGGUUACUCACUGGAACUAUUGGUUUCUUUGCUGCGUACGUAUUCAUUCGCAAAAUAUACGCAGCAGUGAAAAUAGACAGAUCUAAACUUACUACUGACAGUGUCAAUGUUCAAGUUCGAGGAACAGGAUCACGAGUCCUUUCUAAUCGAAAUAGAAAAUCGAGUGAAAGUGCUGUUGUUUGAAAACUACUUUAAAAUGAACUCUGCGAGAAACUUUGCUCCAAGCCUUUUGAUUGAAAGGUGUCAACUGUCGAGCUUGCCAUGAAAUGUCAUCUCUCGAAGUUUGACUUGCAAUAUCUACAUGUGUAAAUGUUAAGAGUCAGUUAAUCAUGGGAUGGCAACUCGUAAUUGGCGUAAAACUAGUACCAAGUUUACCCUAAACAAAGAAAUUAAAACAUUGCUAUGAGUUCUAACGUCUGUUUAACGUCCACUGAAAAUUGUUUGGAUCGUUUGACAGUGAUGUAAGUACAAAACAGUGAUUAUGAAAUAUAUCAUUGAAGCAGUAGAGCAGAAGUACUUACAGCCUUUAACAAGAAUCGCAAUUUGGAUCAUUCGAUUCUGACAGUAUUUUUUAACGGAUCAGCGAAGGUUGCAUCGAAUGCAUUACUGUUGAUUCUUCUCAAUAACACAAAAUGUUGUCAUUGGUUAGAGAUAACAUUAAUAUUAGAACAGGCUGUCCUAGGUACCAGAAAUGUCUAAUGUACGAAUAAAUUUAUUUUUACUUUUAACCGUUAAGUGCAGGUGCGACAAGAGUUUGCAAGGGAUAUUGCAAAUUGUUGUUAAAGUUCCAUGAAAUGACAUUACGAUGUACGAUGUAUGGUUGAUAUAUAUAUAAUACAGAAUACCUGUAUUUACUUAA